CUACCGUACUGCUAACAGUGACUAACUUUGAGCACCGACACCAUCGACGUACCGUGCCAUCGUGUUCCUAGAAUGGGACCUCGUGUUCUGCUCGUGGCGAGAUGUUACUUCGUAACCGACGAAGCGUUGGCCAUUUCGACGUCAGCCGUGCGAGAAGCGCGUGGACGCUCAGGAGUGACCCAGUAUAUAACUUUCCUUCCAUCUCGCCCAAGAAUAUCUCAUCACAACAACAAAAACAGUUUCUUAACUACCACAUUCGCUUUUCUGAGCCUUCUUCAGACAGACACUCGCUACAGUCUAUCUCCAGAUCCCACCUAAUACCUUAAUCACCACAUCCACCGACAAAGUUCAACAAAUCAACCAGGAUGCGUUACUCUUUCGUUGCCGCGGCCAUUAUUGGUGCCGUUGCUGCUUCUCCCGUAGCUGAGUAUGGUUACGGAGCAAACACGCCCUCCAACAGCGCGCCCGCCUACCCAGUCUACCCCGAUACUCCUUCAUCGAAGCCUGUUGUUCCCGCAAGCAGCGCGCCCGCCUACCCCGAGACUCCUUCUUCCGCGCCAGUCGUCCCGGCUAGCUCGGCUCCCGGAUACCCAACAUACCCCCAGGAGACUCCCUCUUCUUCCGCACCAGCUGUUCCAGCCAGCUCUGCGCCUGGCUACCCAACAUACCCCCAGGAGUCUUCAUCGGUCCCUGUUGCUUCUUCCAUCCCUGGAGGCUGCAACCCCGCUCACCCCGGCUCCUGCCCUACCCCCUCCAGCUCUGCCCCGGGUUACCCAACCUACCCCCUGGAGUCUUCAUCGACACCCGUUGCUUCUUCCAUCCCCGGUGGCUGCAACCCGGCUCACCCCGGCUCUUGCCCUACCCCCUCCAGCUCUGUCCCGGGUUACCCUACAUACCCCCAGGAGUCUUCAUCGGUUCCUGUCGCUUCUUCCAUCCCUGGAGGCUGCAACCCUGCUCACCCAGGCUCUUGCCCUACUCCCUCCUCCUCCAUCCCCGGAGGUUGCAACCCAGCCCACCCCGGCUCGUGCCCUACCCCCUCUACGUCUGAGGGCUACCCUGUCCCCACGACCACCAAGGAGCUGACCACCUACGUCACUACCACCGUCUGCCCCAUCACUCAGACUCACGGCACCCAGGUCAUCACUACCUUGACCACCAGCACCGUCACCUUCACCUCCUGCAAGGGCGGCUGCGGCUACGAGACCACUGCGGUUCCCCCCAAGCCCACUGGCGAGGGACCUAAGCCCACUGGCGACAAG